UCUAAAUUAUUUCAUUUUCAUAUCAGAAUAGUAUAUCUACUACCACGCAGCCUUGUCGCCCGGAGCCGCCGUGUCGGCGAGUGUAUUGGACUACCCGUCGCUUUGUAUCGACCAGCAUUUCAACUUGGAAGGGGGAGGGGGUUGGAGUUCGCAUUUGGAUUCGGCCAUUCCUGAGGUCCCUGCUCAAAGUCAAAACUCUAAGAAGCAUAAAGGGUCUUAUCAUAUCCUGUGAAGCAGAUUAUGGCACCAAGGCCCUUGUCCAAAAUUGUAUCUCGGCUUCAAUCCUCUUUGGUUGAGUCUAAUUGUCAAGGACUGCUUUCAGGGUGUAGCGUGCUUCUUGCAGCAGAUCCUGAGCAAACUGAACUGUUUAACCAUGCAUGUUUUGGUCGUCCCAUUAUUACCUCAGAGAAGGAUAAGCAAUGGUUUCAAUUAAGUCUCGAGGAAGCUCUUUACUUAUGCUCUGUGAUGAAAUGCAUCAAAAUUGUUGGUGACGAUAAGUGCGUAAAAGAUGAGGAACAGUUGUGGCACUACAUGACGUCCAAGAGGGCUUGUUUCCCAAUUUUGUUCAAAGCAUAUUCUCAUCUUCGCAUGAAGAACUGGGUGGUGAGGGCAGGAUCUCAGUAUGGCGUUGACUUUGUUGCAUAUCGUCAUCAUCCAGCUCUAGUGCACUCUGAAUAUGCGGUUCUCGUCUUAUCCGAUGAAGAGGGAGACAGAAGCGCCCGGCUGAGGGUUUGGUCCGAUUUUCAUUGUACACUUCGACUUUGUGGUAGUGUUGCAAAAACUUUGUUGGUUCUUCACGUCAGCAAAAAUGGUAAUGGUGCUAUGUCUUCUUCAAGUUUGGAGCAUUACUGUGUUGAGGAGAGGAUUGUCACCAGGUGGAAUCCCGAGCAAAGCCGCGAGAACCAAGCAAUUGUACAGAAGAAGUUAUGCAAGUCAUGAACUUAGUUCUCUAUGUUAUGCAAUUCCGGAUCUGUUGUAAGAUUACCUUACCCUGUAAACACAUGGAGAUCAUUACAAAAAGCUCCCUCGAGGCUUAAAUACAGGUGAAGUCUUUUACUUUUCUGAAAUUACAUCUACCUCCCCAAGCUGCAUGUUAGAAUUGAAUUUAGUCAGAUUGUAAACACUUGCAGAAAAUAUGACAAGAAGGUAACUGUAAAACAAAAGAGUCACGUGGUUUGGAGAAUUCUUUUCCGUACACACGGUUCAAGAUUGAUUCUUACUGAAUUGUUUCGAGAAAAUUUAGUUGAAUCUGGGAUCACCAGAUUUAGAUGUAAUAUUGGGACAGAAUUCGCACUCGAAUACAACCAAUACUCUGUGGGAGGUGGAUGUAAUCCUGGAAGACCAAACGUUUGGUUUUUGUAAUUAUAUUGAAAGCAUAGGAUUUGUCACAAUUCAUGUAAAGCAUGAUUGAUCACAUGCAUGCUUUUCUCCAUCCCUUUAUGCAACACUGUCGUUUUGCUGAGCACUAUAGUAUAGUAUGAUAUUAUCUUUUCAAGCCGAGAGCUUUGUAUUGUUAGUUUCUUUAUUUAGUGGGUGACUCCACUCCUCAAUUUAACUCAAUU